AUGUCCAGCUUUGAAGAGGAGUCCCUCGCUGCAGAUAACAGGGAAAGUCUCCACUGCUUAUCAGGAGGAACGGGGAGAGACGCUGACGGCGGGAUGAACCAAGAGGAAAAUGGAGAGGACGACCAGGAGAGAUCAGGAUCGUUGAUUAAAUGCGAAGAAUGUGGAAUCUCCUGCGCUGGAAAGAGCCACUACGAUGUUCACAUUCGAUCUCACACGGGAGAGCGACCUUAUAUUUGCAAAGUCUGCGGAUUCGGAUUCACCCAAAAGGGUAAUCUAAGGAGACACAUGAAAAUACACUCUGACGAGAAGCCGUUUGAAUGCUCCAUUUGCUCCUACAAAUGCCGAAGGCGCGAUGCACUGAACGGACACAUGAGGAUACAUUCCGAUCAUCGCCCGUUUCGAUGCAAGUUCUGCGACAGAAGCUACAAAAGCCGCCAGAGCAUGAAAGAACACGAGCUCGCUUUUGAACCAAUUUAUGAUGUACCAAAAUUUAUUUCCUCACCAAAUUGCUGCCCGAUUUCGAAGCCUUGCCGAAAAUGCUCUGCAGGAAAAACGGAACGGAUACAAUUCCCAUGUCUUAUACCACAAAGAUCAGUUUCUUCUUCUACUAAAUCUUUCACAAAAAGCGAAGAUGGUCUUCUACCUGGACAAAAUCAUGCGAAGCAAGACGAAGAAGAAAAUCAUCAUAGAAUGCUUAGCACUGAGCGAAAUUUGCUGACUAGUCAAAGUACGGAAACAAAAAUCCCUGGCGAGACUCUACUCCCCAAAUGUCGUAAGCGAAGUCGUUCUGAAGAAUCUGACACAGAAACUGAACCUGCGACAAAACGCUCCAAGGAGUCGGAUGAAGACAACGAGGAGGUGAUUGUUGACGUGCGAAAUCCAGACAGCUGCUCAGAACACGAGGAAAACGAACAGUUAUCUAUUCUUGUCACAUCUGCGACUGUUUCUUUCUCAAAGAGUCUGCACAUUCCAUACACAUGGGAGCACACAUGGGAAGUAUUCGAAACCUACAAAAUCCUCUGCAACUGGGUAAGCAAAUAA